AAAUUAUUUCUCAGCUGUGUCGUUCCUAUUUUUGUAAUUUAAAUAUUAGCUGAUUCUGUUGUUUAUUAAUUAUCCAUUUACGAGUGAUAAAUACACAUUAAAAUGAAAUUAUCAAACGUUUUAUAUCGACAACACGUAGGGUUUAUGUUUAAGAAACAUUGGGCGGUGCAAGGUAGACGCGUGCCGAUUGAUACGAGCAUUGAAGCAAAACUAAAAGCAAAAGGUAUUCCAGUUGAGGACGCUCUAGAGUUCGUAAAGGAGAAGCCGGAACCCAGAGAGAGAAUUGAAAUCAUAGGCAAAUAUGAACAGGUGAAACCUCUUGAUGAAAAUCAUCCAGAUUACAAAGAAAGACCAUGUUUAACACUCAAAAAUACAAGUGUUCUCCUGGAAGGCAUAUCGCAAGCCCAAGUUUUAACAAAAUCAAUAAUAGCAGAAGAUAAGUUACCUCAAAGGAUCGAAGAAAUGGCUGAGCUGUCAGCCCCAAAAGCUGUUCAUGAAGGGGUUAAGAAGGCAAUCUUAAGUGCAAAUGUGUUUGAUUGUGAGCAAAAGAAGUUACCAAAAAUUAAGGAUGCAGAAAGACCAGCAUUCAACUUUCCAAGAAUAUUAGGCAUUUCUGAUAGAAGAAAAAAUGAAAUUCUUACUAACAAGCUACUCCAACUUGUAGAAAAAAGCAAUGAUGCGGAAGUAACCCAAAAUAAAUAUGUAGUAAAUGAUGCUGAGUGUCACAGUGUAUUUGACAAGGAUGGUGACUUGAUAAAAUUUCAAGAUGUCUCCGGGAUUCUAGUAACAAGCAAUAAGCCAAUGAAGCAUGAAUUAAAUGAAAACGAUAUACCGUUUAUUGAAAUACCUGACUUGUACCCUGUAAAACACACUGUUACCUUGCCACCUGAACAUUUUUAUAGCGAGAAUAGUAAAUAUCCAUUGCGUCCAAGCGUGUCUAAGAAGCAUCCGCACACCACAUGGCUACAUUUCAACAGAACCGAAGUGGGAAACCUCUAUGAAACACCAGUCACUCCCACACAAAUUCUGGGCCGUUCAUUGACACAUGCAUUCACUGUAGCCUCAGCAUAUGCGAAGCAACUACAUGGGGAGGAUGUAAAAGACCUACCCGAGCCGAUUCACAUAAAUUGCAUUCAAACCGAUGGCCAACGCUUUCAUUUUGGUGUUUUUGAACUUAAUACUCUUAAUGUUGAUGGUACAGAUGGCACCAAAAAUGUUUGGUAUUGCAAAAAUGAUGUUAAACUGUACGAUUCAAGCCGUUACUUAAGUGGUAUGCCUGUAUUAGAGAACUAUAAUCCUAAAGUGUACGGUUAUAUAAAUGCUUUUUACAAUUGUUAGUAAAACAUGUAAUAUAAUAUUACAGUAUAAUUAAAUAAAUAGAUAAUAGCUAACUUUAAAAGU